AUGGAUAUCAGUGGUAUAUUCAGUAAAGUCAGAGGCCAUGCGUCUUCUGGACUGGAAAAUCAACGCCAGGUUGCUGUUCUCCUUGCUGCUAUCGAACAAACAAUCCAAGAACAAAAUGAACCACUAGUUCCACUUGCCUACUUUGGUGCUUUGAUGACAGUGGUGGAUCAGCAACAAAAGUCAUUGGAUAGCAUUGAUGGAGAUAGCGAUUCGGCUCAUAUUUUAACUGCUUCUAUGUAUUUGCUUGCCAUGGUUUUUCCCAAAAUUCCCACCAAUGUACUUCGCUUAAAAUUCUCUCAAAUUGCUGAUGCUCUUGUUGGAUUAUUGGAGUCUCAGGAUGAUCAAGCACCACUUGUUCGCUCUACGAUUGCGUGUCUUGAAUAUUUGCUCUGUGCACAGGAUAAUACUAUGUGGACUUCAAACGAUACUUGCAAACGCAUCUUUGAAAACUUGUUGUUUUUGACAAUCGACGCUCGACCCAAAGUUCGACGUGUUGCAGCAGAUGUGGUGCGUAAACUGAUUCAAUCAGUCCAUUCACCAGCCAUGUACCAUCCUGCUACUUGUCGUACAAUUGAAUUCUGCACUCAGCUGUUGGCUGAAUUCCUUGAAUCAUCCACAGGAUUCGGGUCCUCAAAGGCUGCCACUGAGCGAUCUGAGGCAGAGGAAAAAGUCUUGUCUGCAUUUAUGUUUCUAAAAUCAGCCGUUCCGGUAUUUGCUUCUCAGGCAAAUGCAGACAAAGUCUAUCAAAAAUUAGAUAAACUGUGCGUUGCUUUAUUGGCUAUUCCUGCCAAAUCGUCAAGCGUCGGAAACAUUGUGCUCACUCAGUGGGUGUUUCAAAUAUUUGAUGCACUUCUAGGAGGCAUUUCUGAAGAAUCAGACGGCGAGAUGAGCAAAUCUCAUACUACACUAGGUCUGCCUCUUUUAAUCAUGGUCGUAAAACGUUUAUUGGAACUUUCUCCUUAUGAGAAUGAUGCAGCACUGACACCUGCAUGGCUCAAUAUAAUUGCUGAUGGAUUUCAAUGUUUGUCUGAUACUGUAUGUGAUUACGAACUAAAUGCUGAUAAAAACACGGAUCCUGUCUUGAUCGAAUUCUGCUCUUUGGAAUAUCCCGAGCUUGUCUCAACUUUGUUCAAUCGCAUCUUUUCAUCUAUGCUUGGUGGAUCUGCAGUUAAACCUGCUAUUUUGCAACGCGCUACAAUUCUUUUGUCUGUGCUGAUCAACCAGGCUAUAAGCAAUUCAAUGAUCGACAAGGCAGUGCAAGGAGAAAAAGAUGGCAGCCUUUUGAUUAUUUUGAACACUCUCAACUCGUCUCUUUCCAAUAUUCAUUUUCGUGACCAAUGGGGAUACAUUUUACUUAUUGCUGCGUCAAUGCUGGAACGUGUAGGUCGAUCGUAUCCACAACUCACGGCCCCCACACUGACCGCCAUGUUUGCUUUUCGUGACGAUCGUGCCUAUAUAGAUAGCUUUCCAUACAAGGAAGAACUGAAUCGUGCAAUUUAUGCUGGUAUUCAAUCUCUUGGUAUGGGCACGUUUGCCUCGUUCAUUCCACUCAAUAUUGAAAACGAAUUUCCAGAUCAACCUCGUCGCCCAUAUCUUCUUUCUUCGUUCCAUGAAGCUAUGCAGUCACCACUUUCUUUUUCAAAAUGGGAUCCAACACAAAUCAUGAGUGCGCAUACUAUCGAAUACUUUUUGUUGCACUUGUUUCCUCUUGCUGUACGCAUGCUUGAAAAGGCUGGAAGUUUGUGGACAGAGAGCCGUCAGCUGGAAGCCAAGCUGCACGAAACUCUUGGAAUUCAAAUUUUUGAGUUACUUCCACUUAUAUGUGGUCUGAUAGUACCAGACAUUGAAACAUACUUUGGAAAGCUUGCAUCUCAUCUGGGAAAAUUAUUGCAAGAAGAUCCAGAGGUUUCAUUUCCCAACUUACCUUCCAAGCAUGAUUUUCGACCGAUUGUAUGCGAAAGCUUGCAGAAUUUGAUUUCGACAUUUACCGAAUUAGCCAAAACUUUUGUUCCCUCCGAUAUGGUUGAUCCUGACGAGGAUGCUACUGUGGACUCAACGUUCAACGCAGAGACUCACGCCAAAGCCACGGCGGUUAUCAAAAAAAUAACGGUGUACAGCAGCAGAUUCCUCAGCACUCUGUGCAACAACUAUACUUCCAUUCAUCCCAAUGCGAUGGCAGCAGGAAAAGCAAAAGGGCAGGCACUUCAAGUUUUCCAUGAACGAUCAAUUCAGCAAUAUGAAAAAACCAUACGCUCCUUUUUAUUAAUUGCCGAUAAAAAAACUAUCCAAGAGUACUUUAUGAAUAUAGUAAAACUAUUACUCGAAAAGCAAACCGAGCUGCAAAUGCUUGAAUCAAAUGGACCAAACGUUAAUAUUGAGCAGUUGCGUAUGUAUGCUAUUUUGGAUCUUAUGAUGCUUAUGAUUCCAUUUUUACCCAGUGAUGAGCAAAACCAGGAAGAUUCGCCGUUGCAGAUUGUAUUCAAGGUACUUAUUGGACAGCUCAAAGACACUGACUCUACUGUACAGAAAAAAACAUACAACGCUCUGUAUUUGGUGUUGCAAGCUAUUCCACCGUCUGCCACCCAGCAACGAGAACUUUUUACGCAACUUUUCGACGAUUCCGUAAUCUCCAACGUCACAUCGGGAACCAGACGAUCGCGUACAAGAGUCAUUCAGUACUUGUGUGAAACUAUUGUAGAAAAACGCAUGCUGUUGGAAGUGAUCCCCGAGUCUUUGCCCGAAGUGAUCCUUGCUACAAAGGAAGUAAGCGAAAAAAGUCGUAAUGCUGCUUAUUCCUGUCUUGUUUCCUUUGGACAACAGAUGCUGCAGCAGUCGGGUGAUGAGAGUACAUCUAGUUUUGAUACGCUUGGAUCAUCCUUCCGCAAAGAACUUGAUAGCGGAGUAGUCGAUUCUGAUAAUGAAGAUAUGGAUGCUACAGAUCGUGACAUUCAACAUCAAGCAACCGUGUCACUAAAGGAGUAUUUUUUGAUGGUGGUAGCCGGUCUAGCUGCUACAACUUCACAUAUGCAAAGUGCAGCAAUUGCCUCGCUGGGUCGUCUUUUGUUUGAAUUUUCAGAAGUUGUUCCUCAGUCUCUUGCAUCCGAUCUUGUCAAGACUGUUUUGAUUGCCAUGCAGUCGAAAAACAAAGAAGUGCUCAAAUCGGCACUUGGGUUUAUCAAGGUUGCUGUUGUGUGUCUCCCACAGGAGAUGCUUGAGGAUGAUUUGGAGGAGAUCUGUGUAGGAAUUCUAGAGCACUCUAAGGAUCACAAGUCUCAUUUCAGAGCCAAAGUUCGACAUAUUUUUGAACGACUGAUUCGAAAAUUCAGCUUUGAAGCGAUAGAAGGAUUUGUUCCAGAAAGCGACAAGAAGCUUGUGAAUAAUAUCCGUAAGCGACGAGAGCGACUUAAAAAACAAAAGGCUGAAGCGGGAAGCGGUCAGCGCGGUGACGCUGCUGAUAUAGAUGCUUCCCAUGAACCCAAUGGUGGUAAAAAAGACAUUGUCCUGGCCAAAAGCAAAGGAUUUGAUCAUGUUGUUAACGGGAGUGAUAGCGAGCUUGGAACCGAUUCUGAGGAUGAUGAAGCGUAUAUUCCACAGCAGUAUCGCGACGAAACCCGACAUAUCAAGAGUUCUGGCACACUGAUUAAAGAAACAAACGAAGACGACAUUGUCGACUUUCUUGAUCGUAAUGUAGUGAGAAAAGUUUCAGCUGCACCCCUUCGAAAAGGUGGAAGAAAUGGACUGAAUGCUCAAACUUCUGGAAAGGCAAGCUCUCAUGAAUUCAAAACCAACGCAUCUGGACGAUUGAUUUUGAACGAGGAGGAAAGCGAGGAUGAGGGUGCAAAUGUGAACGCCGAGGCACGACAAGAUUAUUAUAAGCAGUCGUUAGAAAGCGAAACUGCCUUUGUGCGUACCCAGGAUGGCCGAAUCAAGUUUGUGAACAAACGCAAGCAUGAUGAUGAUGACGAUACUGCUACUUCAGGUGCUGCAACGCAUGGUCAAGGUGCAACCAAAAACGUGGGAUCGCGAUGGAGUGGUGGACGCAAUAUGCGCAACAAAAAGAAAAACACUAUUGAUCCAAAUGCUAUAAACCACAUGUUGGGCAGACAAUACAAGGCCAAGCACGCACAAGGAGAUGUUAAAAAGGAAGGACACGCAGAUCCUCAUGCCUACAUUCCUCUAAGCGGACACGUUGUUGGUAACAUGCGCAAGUCGACUAAGUUGGAUGAUUCGUUCAAGGGUAUUUUGAAAGCAGCGCAAAAGGGAACCAAUUAUGGAGAAUCGAAAAGAAAACAACAAAAUGGAGAGAAUGGGGGCAAAAUAUUUAGCCGUAGCAAGGCAAACAAGAGGCAUAAAUGAAUCCAAUAAUUGAAAGUUU